UCCAUGUUGCGGCGCUGCGUGGCACUGGGCACCGACUGGCUCUGACUGCACCGCACACACAUGACUUUAUGGUCCCGACACUUGGCACAUUCGGCGGCCGACAAGGAGCCGUCAGUCCGGGCGCCGCUACCUGCAGCAGACCGUGCUUGCGCCGCGUACACCCAUGGGUGUCGCUACUGUGACCGUCUCCUGCGUUUGGGCUGAAUGUUUUGCCGCUGUGCUCGGUGCAGUUAUUUUCAGAGUCACUCGCUCAAAGGCAGUUAUUACGGACGGGUUGGAAACGUGCAGCCUGCUCGGGUAAUUUGGAUUGAGGAGCCGCACGGAGCGCUGCAGCAGACACGGAGCCGGAGCCGCCGCAGCAGCAGGAACAGCAGAGGAGGCACGUUUGUAAUGCCAAAAAACUGUCGAGAAAAACAAAGCUUCAAGUCUAGUAAAAAGAGAGCUGUUGGGUGUCCCCUCUGGAGAGGGAUCAGGACUGUGGUUCAGCCCAGCGAAAUGUAGCGCCUCACUGCCCUCAAAGCCGGAUUUGGAGACCUGCCUGCUGUCUACUCAUGAUUUCUCUGUAGUCUAGUCCGGGGCAUCUGCUGCAGUCAUGUUUAGGAACAGCUUGAAGAUGUUGCUGACGGGAGGGAAGGCCAACCGCAAGAGUCGCAGCAGCGAUGGCGGCAGCGAGGACCUGGCAGACCCCCGCUCGCCCAGUCUAGACCCUCACCUGAGCCACGUCGGCCAAGGUGGCAGCAUCGACAGCGACUGUGCCUUUGAAGGAGACUACGCCGUGCCCCCGCUUCACAUGACUGAGGGCAUGCAGCACAUUCGAAUCAUGGAGGGCGUGUCGCGCUCGCUGCCCUCCUCCCCGCUGCUCACCCACCAGACCAUCAGCGUCCGGCUGCAGCCGGUCAAGAAGCUCACAGCCCCUCUGCGGAAAGCAAAGUUUGUGGAGAGCCCUCGCAUUCCACAAUCAGAGCUUGGCUCCCCUACACACACCUCCACCACUGCCAGGAAUCCAGACCUGGACACAUACCGCCCUGGGGAGUCAAGCCAGGAGCUGGGCCCCCCUCCGUCGGUGGAUGAGGCAGCCAACACAUUGAUGACGCGCCUGGGUUUCCUUCUGGGAGACAAAGUGAGCGAGGGGCCAGCCGGCACCCAGUACAGCAUGGAGGAACCCGAGGCGAGACAGGGCCAGAACCAGAGGAUCAGCCCGUGCUCCACCCUGACCAGCAGCACUGCCUCCCCCCCUGCAGGCAGCCCCUGCUCCACCCUCCCCCCCGCCAUGCCCGGCCAGGCCGGGAACAAGGACUGCGCCUACGGUUCUGUCACCAGCCCCACCUCCACGCUGGAGAGCCGGGACAGCGGCAUCAUCGCCACUCUGACCAGCUACUCGGAGAACAUGGAGCGAGGCGGCAAGUACGGCGAGGGCUCCCGGGGAAACCUGAAGCUGUGGCAGUCCCAGAAAUCAGGCAUGGACUCGUUCCUGUACAGAGUGGAUGAGAACAUGACCGCCUCCACCUACAGCCUCAACAAAAUCCCUGAGCGCAACCUGGAGAGCAUGUCCUCCCACUCCGCCCACUCCAUCCCUCUGUACCUCAUGCCCCGCCCCAACUCUGUGGCUGCUACCAGUUCAGCCCACCUGGAGGACCUGGCAUACCUGGAUGAGCAGAGACACACUCCAUUACGCACCUCGCUGCGCAUGCCCAGACAGAGCACCACCUGCGGGCCGGGUCGCUCCGGGCAGGACCUGAGAGCUUCCGCUAAUAACACCCAUGCCUGGCAAUCCCAGUCACUGCGAUUCGCGCCCUACCGGCCUCAGGACAUCGCCCUGAAGCCGCUGCUGUUCGAGGUGCCGAGCAUCACCAUGGACUCGGUGUUCACGGGCCGCGAGUGGCUCUUCCAGGAGAUCGACGCGCACCUCAACAGCCCCAACAGCGGGACCAACCGCGGCGUGGCCGUGGUGGGAAACAUCGGCUUCGGCAAGACGGCGAUCAUCUCUCGCCUGGUGGCGCUCAGCUGCCACGGCACGCGCAUGAGACAGAUCGCCUCGGACAGCCCGCAGGCCUCGCCCAAACAUGGAGAGGGGCUCCCUCUCACCCAGCCCCAGCCCACGCACGGCACCCUGGGAGGAGGCAGCUGUCCCGGGACCCCCGAGAUGAGGCGGCGUCAGGAAGAAGCCAUGAGGAGGCUGGCGUCCCAGGUGGUGGCGUACCACUACUGCCAGGCAGAUAACGCCUACACCUGCCUGGUGCCGGAGUUCGUGCACAACGUGGCGGCUCUGCUGUGUCGCUCUCCACACCUGGUGGCCUACAGGGAGCAGCUGCUGCGGGAGCCGCACCUGCAGAGCAUCCUGAGCCUGCGCUCCUGCGUGCAGGACCCCCUGGCCUCCUUCAGGAGGGGGGUCCUCGAGCCCCUGGAUGCACUUUACAAAGAGAGGAAGAUCAACUCGGAGGAGGACCUCAUCGUCCUCAUCGACGGUCUAAACGAGGCAGAGUUCCACAAACCGGACUACGGAGACACCAUCGUGUCCUUCCUCACCAAAACCAUCAACAAGUUCCCUCCCUGGCUCAAACUGGUGGUCACCGUCAGAACCACGCUACAGGAGAUCACCAACGCGCUGCCGUUCCACCGCAUCUCUCUGGACGGCCUGGAGGAGAACGACGCCAUCGACCAGGACCUGCAGGGCUACAUCCUGCACCGCAUCCACAGCAGCCCCGAGAUCCAGAACAACAUCUCCCUCAACGGCAAGAUGGACAACACCACCUUUGGCAAGCUCAGCGCCCACCUCAAGGCCCUGAGCCAGGGCUCCUACCUGUACCUCAAGCUCACCUUUGACCUCAUCGAGAAGGGCUACCUUGUUCUCAAAAGCUCCAGCUAUAAGGUGGUUCCAGUGAACCUGGCAGAAGUUUACCUGCUGCAGUGCAACAUGCGCUUCCCCACGCAGUCGUCGUUCGAGCGGGCGCUGCCUCUGCUCAACGUGGCCGUGGCCUCGCUCCACCCGCUGACCGACGAGCAGAUCUACCAGGCCAUCAACGCCGGCUCGCUGCAGGGCACUCUGGACUGGGAGGAUUUCCAGCAGCGUGUUGACAACCUGUCAGUCUUCCUGGUGAAGCGGCGGGACGGGACCAGGAUGUUCGUCCACCCGUCCUUCAGGGAGUGGCUCAUCUGGAGGGAAGAAGGAGAGAAGACCAAGUUCCUCUGCGACCCGAGGAGCGGUCACACCCUACUGGCCUUCUGGUUCUCUCGGCAGGAGAACAAGCUGAACAGACAGCAGACGAUCGAGCUGGGCCAUCACAUCCUCAAAGCACAUAUCUUCAAGGGUCUCAGCAAGAAAGUCGGGGUUUCCUCAUCCAUCUUGCAGGGCCUGUGGGUAUCCUACAGCACAGAGGGCCUUUCAGCUGCACUUUCUUCACUGCGAAACCUCUACACUCCCAACAUCAAGGUGAGCCGGCUGCUGAUGAUGGGCGGAGCCAACGUGAACUACCGCACAGAGGUGCUGAACAACGCCCCGGUCCUGUGUGUGCACUCUCACCUGGGCUACAUGGACAUGGUGGCUCUGCUGCUGGAGUUCGGCUCCUCGGUCGACAACCCGUCUGAAAGCGGGCUCACGCCACUCGGCUACGCCGCCGCCGGGGGACACAUGGCCAUCGUCACCGCACUCUGUCGCAGGAGAGCCAAGGUGGACCACCUGGAUAAGAACGGUCAGUGCGCUCUGGUGCACGCGGCCCUCAGGGGCCACAUGGAGGUGGUGAAGUUCCUGAUCCAGAGCGACUGGAGCCUGGGGCCGCAGCAGCAGCAGCAGUCGCCUCAGAGCCAGCAGCAGGCGGCCUUCACCAAGAGCCACGCCGUGCAGCAGGCGCUCAUCGCUGCAGCCAGCAUGGGAUACACAGAGAUCGUGUCCUACCUGCUGGACCUGCCAGAGAAAGAUGAAGAGGAGGUGGAGCGGGCUCAGAUCAAUAACUUUGACACCCUGUGGGGAGAGACAGCUCUGACUGCAGCCUCGGGUCGGGGGAAGCUGGAGGUCUGUCGUCUGCUCCUGGAGCAGGGGGCGGCGGUGGCCCAGCCCAACAGACGAGGCAUCGUCCCGCUGUUCAGCGCCGUCAGACAGGGACACUGGCAGAUCGUGGACCUCCUCCUCACACACGGCGCAGACGUCAACCUGGCUGACAAGCAGGGACGUACUCCUCUGAUGAUGGCCGCCUCAGAGGGACAUCUGGGGACCGUGGAGUUUCUACUGGCUCAAGGAGCCUCCCUGUCCCUGAUGGAUAAGGAGGGCCUGACCGCUCUGAGCUGGGCCUGUCUGAAGGGACACCUGCCCGUCGUCCGCUGCCUGGUGGAGAGCGGCGCCGCCACCGACCACGCCGACAAGAACGGACGCACGCCGCUCGACCUGGCCGCCUUCUACGGCGACUCUGAAGUGGUCCAGUUCUUGGUGGACCACGGCGCCAUGAUCGAACACGUAGACUACAGCGGGAUGCGUCCUCUGGACCGGGCGGUGGGCUGCAGGAACACGUCGGUGGUGGUCGCCCUGCUCAAGAAAGGAGCCAAGAUAGGAUGUCAGACGCUGCCCAGUCGGCCCCGAGGUCCAGCCACAUGGGCCAUGGCCACCUCCAAACCCGACAUCAUGAUCAUCUUACUCAGCAAACUCAUCGAGGAGGGGGACAGCUUCUACAAGAAGGGGAAGGUGAAGGAGGCGGCGCAGCGUUAUCAGUACGCCCUCAAAAAGUUUCCACGUGAAGGCUUCAGCGAGGACCUCAAGACGUUCAGGGAACUCAAAGUAUCGCUCUUCCUCAACCUGUCCCGCUGUCGGAGGAAAAUGAACGACUUUGGGAUGGCUGAGGAAUUUGCUACGAAGGCUCUCGAACUGAAACCAAAAUCCUACGAGGCGUACUACGCCCGAGCUCGCGCCAAGCGGAGCAGCAGACAAUUUCCUGAAGCCUUAGAGGACCUGAACGAAGCCAUGAAGCAGUGCCCCAACAACCGGGAGAUCCAGCGGCUGCUCCAGCGGGUGGAGGAGGAGUACCACCAGCUGAGCCAGGAGGAGCAGCAGCAGCAGGACCUGGAGCUGGAGCCGCCCCCCUCCCCUCCUCCUACGCCUCCCCCAGAAGACGAGGAGUCCCUGUCCCUGUCCCUGUCCAUGCCCCUCCCUCCUCCCCCAGAGCCGCGUCUGGAGGACAUGGAGCCCGUCCAGGACUUGUUUGAGGACGAGGACUACCUGGAGCAGGAGCUGGAGGCCAUGUCUGUGGGUCUGCCCCCGCCCGAGUCCCUCAGCAACCCGUCCAGCCUCCCCAUCAUCCAGAGCCCGCCGCUGUCCCCCACACAUCCAGACCAGAUCUACCUAACCGGAGGUUCUCCCAUGGGCCAGCCCUACGAGUACCACCCCACCUCCUCCUCCAUGUCCUCCCCGACCCGCGGCUCCUACCAGCCCACGUCGCCCUCCCUGUCCCCGACACACCAGAACCACUACCGCCACAGCCCGCCUCACACCUCCCCGGUGCACCAGUCGUCCUACGGCUUCAGCCCGCCUUCUAUGGGCUCUGGGGGUCAGGGGAUGGACCACCAGAGCCCGCCGCCUUCCCCUUUACGCCGGGCCGCUCAGUACAGAGCCAGCCCGCCGGUGGAGAGCGUGUGUCUGUACAGGUCACAGUCCGGGUCGCCUGUGCGCUACCAGACGGAGCAGCUGCCCGGCCGACCCAAGUCCCCCCUCUCCAAGAUGAGCAGCCAGCGCUCGUUCCAGCUGAGCUCCCAGCCCUCGCUGUCCUCCCAGCACCACCAGGCCCAGGGCCUCCGUCUGCAGCCUUCUAUAGCCCAGAUAGUCCGCACCAACCAGCCCAACAGCCUCUACAGCGGCCAAAUGGGCCACUCCAUGGGCGGGCGCUACCAGGGCGGCUCAGUGGACGUGGAGAGCCGCUUGGUGUACCAGCCCUCCCUGGACGGACGCUCCAUGCCCCAGGUCCAGGCCAGUCUCAGCUCUGGGGCCCUCUGUCAGCACGGCGGCCGAGGAGGGGUUAUGGAGUCGGGCCUGUUGAAGGAUGAACUACCCCAGCGCCCCUCCUCUGCCUACCGCGCCAGCAGCGGGGGCCCGGGGGGCAUCCGUUACAGCCAGACGCCUCAGAUCAGCCGCAGCCAGUCCGCCGCCUACUACCCGGUCUCGGAGCACGUGCUGGAGCGAGCCAACGCCAUGCCCCCCUGCCAGCUGGGCUCUCCUGAGAUCCCCCACAUGGUGAGGCGUCCCGUCAGUGCCAACACCACUGAGAUGAAGCAGCACGUGCCCACCCCGAGGCCGCUCAUCCACUCCCAGAGCGUGGGGCUCCGCUUCUCCCCCUCCAGCAACAACAUCUCCACCGGAUCCACCUCCAACUUGGCGCCGGGUUUCAGGCCGUCCUCGUCCAUUCAGCAGAUGGAGAUCCCCCUGCAGCCCACGUACGAGCGCGCCUGCGACGACAUCUCCCCCAUCUCUCCCUCGCAGGGCGGCGGGGGGCUGUACCCGGGCGAGACCACCCGCUCUCGGAACACGCCGUUCAUGGGCAUCAUAGACAAGACGGCACGGACUCAGCAGUACCUGCAUCAGCCCUCGCGGUCCAGGGGCAUGACCUCCAUGGACUCGGCCAUCAGCCCCACCUCGCCCGGCCAGCUGGUCCAGCAAGGCUCCACCUACAGCCCCCCCGCCUCGCUGGGCAACAUCGCCUACUACAACAAGACCAACAACGCCCAGAACGGCCACCUAUUGGAAGAGGACUACUACACCCAGAACCAGCCCCCCUCGCUGGGCAAGCUGGCCAACGGCUCCCGCGGCGGUGGGGACAUCCUGGAGCGGGUCAGCCAGGUGCCCACAUACCCCGACGUGAAGGUGGCGAGGACUCUGCCCGUGGCUCAGGCCUACCAGGACAACAUGUACCGCCAGCUCUCGCGGGACUCCCGGACCCAAGGCCCCACCUCCCCCAUCAAACCAAAGAGACCCUUUGUGGAGUCAAAUGUGUGAUGGCCUGCCUGUGAUUGGUUGAGUGGACUGGGCUUAGUUAGUUAGUGGGAGUGAGAGGUGAAAAAUAUUUAGCUGACCCUUUGUGUACGUGACACGGACAAACUCAUCGAGAACUCACCGGAGAGAAAAACACACAUUAGACAUUAUCUUAAAAACAUAACUAACACUGAGAAUUAUUUCAUUAUCAUAAUCUGCACACAGGUGGGACCACCAGAGGGGUCCUCCAGUUCUGAAUCAAAGAGCGGUGCACUUCCAAAACGUCGUGUGGCACAAAGUUCCCGCAGGUGAACACGACGACAGGUGAAAGAACUCAUCAUCGGACUCGACUCGUGGACUCUGAAUCCAUCUUCUGUUCUUUCAAAGUGUGCUCUUAACCAAGGUUGCUAGUAGGCUCUAUUCUAUGUAAUACAAUAUUAUAUGUUCAAUACUGUACAUUGCUCAGAAAAAUACAAAUGGCUCAACAACUCAGUACUUAGAGAAAAAUGACAAUAUUUAUAAUUAAGUUAUAUAUUGUACAUAGAAAGAAAACAUAGUUUGCGUUUGAAUUGUAUUCUGUUGACCUGCCUUUGUGUCACAUGGAUGAGCAGCGAGCAGGUGAUGGAGCGAGGGACACCGACCAGCUGACUCAUAGAAUCACCUCCAAUGUGUCAAAAUAAAACAGAUUCUCUCCUGGUUUAAUGCAACAAGAUGCUUUCUGUGCUGCAGAACGUCCUCAAAGCUCUGAAGGCAGCAACUCACAAUAUUCUCUUUCUUUUUUCUUUUUUUACAAUUAUUUUAACUACAAUGGGUGGUGCACAAUGCAUCUGAAUAGUGUAAGGGAUUUUAGGGAAAAUAUUAUAUAAAUUUAUAUCAUAUUAUUAUUUGUGAAAAAAUAUACUAAAAUUAGCAAAAGUAGUUAUAAUGACAGUAACAGAAAUAAAGAAAAGAAUUCAGAAAAUAUUAAAAUAUUCCCAGUAUAAUCCAACAUAACACCUCCAGUUUAUAAUCAUAUAAAAACAAAAAAAAAGAAAAGAAAAAAGUAGGAAAUCUUGACUUUAGAGAAGCAGGAAGCAGAGAAUGUUUUAUCUUUUAAUUUCCUGUCAUUUGAAUAUCUUUAACAGCUAAUUAAAAAAUACACAUAUAGAUAAAAAAUUGUACCCAAAAGUACCAGAAAGGCCUUUUUUUUUUACUCACACAGACUCUGGAAGUACAUUUUUUUAUUUGUUUAAACAGAAACACACAUUGAUUAAAUAAAAAAUAUUUGAAAUAAAAUUUAAAAAAACAUCCAUGCAAUUUUACAGGACGAAUUAAAGUUUGGUAGUUUAACUUUAAAUAUUAAAAGAUAUUUAAAUGUUUUUUAUCAGAAUUAAAAUCCAACCAUUGCACACAGUGCUUACACAUAUAGACUUUGCAGAAUUAUUUGUUAAUUUAAUCUUUUUUUAAUAAUUUAAACCGGCCACUCACUUCACCUUGUUUCUGAGGUUCAGAUCCAUAAAUUAUAAUUUUUUUUAUAUUUUUUUUCAGUGUCAUUAUUGUAUCACAAACCUCAAGAUAAUGUGUAAAGGCUGCAAACUAACAUUUUCUUUACAUAUGUGCUCACAUAAGCAAGUCUCUAUAGUUUUGUACCAGCUCAUAUGAUUGUUUCUGCAGGAUAUGUAGAAUAUAUUGAGGACAGAAUGCUGUGUUAAACUAAUAAAACAUUAAAUUACUUUGACUCUGCAGCUGCAGGAUGAACGAUGCAGUGAAAUGACGAUGAUAAUCCUGUUGCAGGUGAUUUUAUGACAGCGGUCCCGUGUCCCUCCUCAGGUUAAAGGUUCAGGAGUGGUGCGGUACACAUGCUAGUGAAGGGUUAACACAGAAAGUGCUCAGCGAUUAAAAGCAAGCAAAUGCAUACACGACCACUGUUACACACGUUCCCCUUCUUCUCCUCCUCCUGCAUCACUUCGUGUCGUUUUCUUUUUACCCACAAUGCAUUUUUAACUCCGCCACUUCUGCACUAAAAAUGCCUGUUAAGUUCUUAACUAAGGGUGCACUUUAUGUAUUUUACUUACUUUGUUGUUAUGAGUGUUGAAUAUGGAGAAAGUGGGUGUGUGAUCAGGCUGACCAGUGACUAUCAUAGAGACACUAUUAUGAUUAUUAUUAUGAUUAUAUGAUUUACAAAGCAGUGAUGAAUGACAAUAUGAAGAGCAAACAAUGUUUUUAAACCUGGUGAAGAUGUAUAGACUUUCUAGCACAAGUUGUAUAUACUGACUCAGAUAUUCCAGCUCGGGGUUGUUAGUGAAGAUCAUAUUUAACUAUUCCACAUCAUAAAAAAUAUCCAUUAAAGUCCUUUAUCUCUAAAUUAGCCGGUCAGAUGUACUGGUCUUGCACACAUCUUGAAAUUAAUCUACUGCAACAAAGAAAAAAAAACAAGUAUGACUGAAGUUUCAGUGCUCUGAAAAAACUCCAUAUUUGGAGUUUGGGUGGAAAAAUAAGAAGUUAUUUGUAUAUGUGGGAGAAGUUAUGGACCGUUUGUCUGUAACGUUUUAUUUUAAGUUCUCUGAUAAAGAAUAUCUAGUUCCUCCUCAGCUCCACCUGCUCCCAGAGAGAUGCCCGACUUAUCUUUACAGACAUGAAGGUAUAAACUGUAUCAUACUUAAUUUAAGAAGACUUCUAAGUUGAGGAUCUUUGAGGGUGUAUGGUUUCAAGCUGUCUAUGUAUAUUAGUUUGCUGUAAAUAGUCUGAUGCAUGUUCUAUUCUUUCCAUGAGCUCAAGCAGAAACAUGUAUAGCAGUUCUGACUCUGGUGUGUGUGACACAAACGUUCGGAUCAGGAUAAGGAGCCCGAUCGCUGUCCCCCGAAACUGUCCUUAUCAUUUUCCCUUCAGCCUCGCCAGCCAGACAAAAGCAAAAGGUUCCUUUUUAUUUUAUUUUAAUGUGUUUGCUUGCUGAGCAGAGUUCUCUUGUCUGUAAAUGUGAGCUUUCAGAUCGCUGUGAUAAAAAGUUUAAUUAAAAACAAUAAAAAAGAAUGUGUUUUUAUCUCAUGAUAACUGAUUGUAAUCUGUACAGUCAAAACCUAUGUAUUGGAGAAAAAAAGAACAUAUUUAUAAAUGGUUACCAACUGAAA